GUUAGUUAUUACUCCUAGUUCACGAUACAGACGUGCGAAGCCACUUCUUCAGAGAGCCGAGGUCUCGUCUCAGGCCAGCGCCGGCGGCGGCGGCGGCAGCGGCGGAAAUACGGAAGUGGCGGCGGGCGUUGAGGCCCUCACCGGCGUCGUGGACGUAGCGCGCGGCGACAGAGGUUCGUCUCGUCUUCAUCGGCGUCAGGGCCGCCACAGACCUCGCCCCCCCUCAACGCUGUGGCCGUGUCGACCAGCUCGCCGGCAGCCAGAUCUCCUGUACAGCAGCUGCAUCUAAACGGCUGCGCCGCUGCGGUAGGUCGUGAGCGGCAGCGAGGAAUUCUUCAGGCACAUCUUGGAGCUAUGAGCCGCCGCCUUGUCCCCGUCGACAGACGCAUCUUGGAGCAGAACAUCAAGGCUCGAUACCACGCCGGAGACAUUGGCACCCAGGAUGCACUCCACCUGUUUGACGAAUUGCUCCAGUGUGCUGGGUCCUCCUCGAUCCGUGCCAUCAACUAUCUCGUUACUACUGUCGGCCGUGAUUGCCCUGCGCUCGGCGUCUCCCUCUUCAACCGCGUCGCAAGUGCCAAUGUGGCACCAAACAGUAUCACGUACACCAUCCUCGUCGACUGCUGCUGCCGUGCUGGCCGCUUGGACCUCGGUUUCGCUGCCAUGGGCCACAUCAUCAAGAUGGGAUUUGCAGCAGAUGCUAUCGUCACUUUCAGCCACCUACUCAAUGCCAUCUGUGCGGAGAAGAAGACCAGCUAUGCAAUGGACAUCGUACUCCGAAUAAUGCCCAUGUUUAACUGUGUUCCGAACAUUUUCUCCUACAGCAUUCUUUUCAAGGGUCUCUGCAACGAGAAGAGAAGCCAAGAGGCUCUCGAGCUGAUUCAGGUGAUGGUUGAGCAUGGAGGUAGCUGCCAACCUAAUGUGGUGUCCUAUAGCACCGUAAUUGAUGGCUUGUUGAAAGAGGGUUUGGUGGGCAAGGCUUACAGUCUAUUCUGUGAAAUGCUACAGAGGGGAAUUUCGCCAAAUGCUGUGACCUGUAGUUCAAUCAUCUCUGGCAUGUGCAAGGCUCAAUCAAUGGACAAGUCUGAGGAGGUUCUUCAACAGAUGCUUGAUAGACGAAUUCUGCCAGAUGUUACCACAUAUAAUAGUCUGAUACAUGGAUAUUAUUCAUCAGGAAGGUGCAAAGAAGUUGAUCGGAUUUUCCAGGAAAUGUCUAGAAAUGGUGUUCAACCAAAUAUUGUAACUUACAAUAUACAGAUGGAUUAUCUUUGCAAGAGCGGAAGGUGCGCAGAAGCUAGGAAAAUAUUUGAUUCUAUGAUCGGUCUGGGCCAAAAACCAGAUGUUACUACCUACAGUAUUCUGCUUCAUGGGUAUGCCAUGGAAAAAUCUUUUCAUGAGAUGCAUUGUCUCAUUGAUUUGAUGGUGGGAAAUGGUAUCUCACCAGAUCAUCAUGUCUACAACAUACUCAUAUCUGCAUAUGCUAAAGAAGAAACGGUUGGUGAGGUAAUGCAUAUAUUUACAAAAAUGCGGCAGCAAGGACUGAACCCUAAUGUAGCAAACUAUGGAGCGGCAGUAAACUUGCUUUCCAAGAUUGGCCGAAUGGAUGAUGUUAUGUCCCAAUUCAAUCAAAUGAUAACUGAAGGGUUAGCUCCUGAUAUCAUAGUUUUCACCCCCCUUAUUAGUGGUUUCUGUUCUUGUGGCAAAUGGGAGAAGGUUGAUGAACUAUUUUCUGAGAUGUUGGAUCGCGGCAUAUGUCCCAACACAGUGUUCUUCAGCACAAUUAUGGACCGCCUUUGCAAAAAUGAAAGGGUUAUGGAAGCCCAAGAUCUCUUCGACCUGAUGGUACACAUGGGUGUGAAGCCUGAUGUGUGUACUUAUAGCACACUGAUAGGUGGAUACUUGUUCGUUGGUAAGAUGGAUGAAGUGAGCAAGUUACUUGACAAUAUGGUCUCAAUUGGCAUGGAACCAGAUGUUAUCACCUAUAACAUACUGAUGCACCUCAUAUACCUCAUAUAUAUCCAUCUUGGGGAAGAGGGCCAGUGGCGGCGGCGGAAGUACAGAGUGGUGCCGGUCGUCCUCACCGGCGUCGGGGACGCAGCGCGCGGCGACGGAAGGCCGUAUUCUCGUCAGGGCCGCCGCAGCCAGCACCGAGCGCGGAGAUCUCGUCCUCAACGCUGCGGCCGUGUCGACCAGCUCGCCGGCGGCCAGAUCUCCUGUACAGCGCAUUUACCUACUGCAGCACAGCUGCAACUCGAAGAAGGCCACUUCUUCAGAGGGAAGAGGGCCAGUGGCGGCGGUGGAAGUACAGAGUGGUGCCGGUCGUCCUCACCGGCGUCGGGGACGCAGCGCGCGGCGACGGAAGGCCGUAUUCUCGUCAGGGCCGCCGCAGCCAGCACCGAGCGCGGAGAUCUCGUCCUCAACGCUGCGGCCGUGUCGACCAGCUCGCCGGCGGCCAGAUCUCCUGUACAGCGCAUUUACCUACUGCAGCAGCUGCAACUCGAAGCGGCGGCGGCGCCAUCCUAUCCCCUCGAGGGAUUCUUCCGGCCAGGUGGAGCUAUGAGCCGCCGCUUUGUCCCCGUCGGCAGACGCAUCUUAGAGCAGAACAUCAAGGCUCGGUACCACGCCGGAGACAUUGGCACCGAGGACGCACUCCACCUGUUUGACGAAUUGCUCCAGGUUGCUGGGCGCUCCUCGAUCCAUGCCAUCAACUGCCUCCUCACCGUUGUCUGCCGUGAUUGCCCUGCGCUCGGCGUCUCCCUCUUCAACCGCAUCGCAAGGUCCAAGGUGGCGCCCAGCAGUAUCACCUAUGCCAUUCUGGUCGACUGCUGCUGCCGCGCUGGCCGCCUGGACCUUGGACACACUGCCAUGGGACACAUCAUCAAGACGGGAUUUGCAGCAGAAGCCAUCGUCAAUUUCAACCACCUACUCAAGGCCAUCUGUGCAGAGAACAAGACCAGCUAUGCAAUGGACAUCGUACUCCGAAUAAUGCCCAUGUUUAACUGUGUACCCAACAUUUUCUCCUACAGCAUUCUUUUCAAGGGUCUCUGCAACGAGAAGAGGAGUCAAGAGGCUCUCGAGCUGAUUAACAUGAUGGUUGAGGAUGGAGGUAGCUGCCGACCUGAUGUGGUGACCUAUAACACCGUGAUUGAUGGCUUGUUGAAAGAGGGUGAGGUAGGCAAGGCUUACAGCCUAUUUUGUGAAAUGCUGCGUCAGGGGGUAUCGCCGGAUGCUGUGACCUGUAGUUCAAUCAUCUCUGGCAUGUGCAAGCUUCAUGCAAUGGACAAGGCUGAGGAGGUUCUUCAACAGAUGCUUGAUAGAAGAAUUCUGCCAAAUGUUGCCACAUAUAAUAGUCUGAUACAUGGAUAUUAUUUAUUAGGACAGUGCGAAGAGGUGGAUCGGAUUUUCAAGGAAAUGUCUAGAAAUGGUGUUCAACCAAAUGUUGUAACUUACAAUAUACAGAUGGAUUAUCUUUGCAAGAGCGGAAGAUGCGCAGAAGCUAGGAAGAUUUUUGAUUCUAUGAUCAGUUUGGGCCAAAAACCGAAUGUUUAUACCUACAGCGUUCUACUGCAUGGGUAUGCUAUGGAAAAAUCUUUUCAUGAUAUGCAUUGUCUCAUUGAUUUGAUGGUAGAAAAUGGUAUUGCACCAGAUCAUCAUGUCUACAACAUACUCAUAUCUGCAUAUGCUAAAGAAGAAAUGGUUGGUGUGGUAAUGCAUAUAUUUACGAAAAUGCGGCAGCAAGGAUUGAACCCUGAUGCAGUGAGCUACGGAGCAGUAAUAGACUUACUUUGCAGCAUGGGCCGAAUGGAUGAUGCUAUGUCCCAAUACAAUCAAAUGAUAACUGAAGGAUUACUCCCUGGUAUCAUAGUUUUCACCCCCCUUAUUAGUGGUUUCUGUUCUUGUGGCAAAUGGGAGAAGGUUGAUGAACUAUUUUCUGAGAUGUUGGAUCGCGGCAUUUGUCCCAACACAGUGUUCUUCAACACAAUUAUGGACCGCCUUUGCAAAAAUGAAAGGGUUAUGGAAGCCCAAGAUCUCUUCGACCUGAUGGUACACAUGGGUGUGAAGCCUGAUGUGUGUAAUUAUAACACACUGAUAGGUGGAUACUUGUUCGAUGGUAAGAUGGAUGAAGUGAGGAAGUUACUUGACAAUAUGGUCUCUAUUGGCUUGAAACCAGAUGUUAUCACAUAUACCAUACUGAUUGAUGGUUACUCUAAGAAUGGAAGGAUAGAUGAUGCAUUGGUUGUUUCCAGGGAAAUGUUGGCCGGGAACGUUAAGCCUUGUGUUAUCACUUUGAAUAUUAUGAUUGGUGCGUUGCUUAAAGGUGGCAGGAAGGAAGAGGCUAAAGAUUUGUUUGAUGAUAUCUGGGCCAAAGGAUUAGUGCCCACCGUUGUUACAUAUAGCUUAAUGAUACAAAAACUUAUAGAAGAAGGUUCUCUACAAGAGUCGGAUGAUCUAUUCCUUUCUAUGGAGAAGAAUGGAUGUGCUGCCGACUCCCAUAUGCUAAAUGCUAUAGUUAGAAGCUUACUUCGGAAAGGGGAGGUGCCCAGGGCUGGGACUUAUCUGUCUAAAAUUGAUGAGAGGAGGUUCACCCUUGAAGCUUCCACAGCUAGCUUGUUGGCUGCAGUUGCAUCAGGGGGGAAAGGCCAGAAAUAUAAGGAGUUACUCCCCGAAAAAUACCACUAUUUUCUGGAACAGGGCACUGAUUGAAACCUUUUCUAGAGAUUUUGCCUAGAUGCUCUGGAGUGCUAAUCGAGCGAUGAACUUCUCUUUGUAGGUUACUUCUUCCAACCUUUUCCUUUUUUAGUACGUCUGAAAUGUAAUAAUCGUUGGAGAAACUGUAGCAAAAUUUCUGACUGUCAACCUUUUCUAGAGAUUUUUUAGUACUUCUUCCAACAAGCUAGUAGUAAGCUUUCUGACUGUCACCAUUUUGUUGAUCCACUAUGUGUGUUUCAUACAUAUGGAUGGCUACUACUUCAAGGGAGUUGCACAUUUGGCCUCAGC